GCCCUCCUGGGCAAGUUUGGCACCAUCCUGCUCAGCAUGGCGCUCUACCUGCUGGGCAUGCUGGCCUUCCCCGUCAUCGCCGCCCCGCACACGCGCCAGGGCCUCUGCGGGGACAUCCCCUUGUACCCCGUAGAGAACUGCUCCUCUCCGGCGGCCAACGCCACCCUGGCGCCUUGCUCCCAGGUGGGAGCCACCCGCUACUGUGCCAUCGCCACCUUCGUCGGACUGGUCCUCGUGGGGCUGGGCGUCGGGUCGGUCAAGGCCAACAUCACCCCUUUUGGGGCGGACCAGGUCAAAGAUCGGGGUCCAGAAGCCACAAGAAGAUUUUUUAAUUGGUUUUAUUGGAGCAUUAAUUUGGGAGCUAUUCUCUCCCUGGGAGGCAUUGCAUACAUUCAACAGAAUGUGAGCUUUGUUAUUGGAUAUAGUAUCCCAACAGUUUGCAUUGGGAUUUCGUUCAUGGUUUUCUUAUGUGGUCAGAGUUUCUUCAUCACAAAACCGCCUGAUGGUAGUGCCUUCACAGACAUGUUUAAAAUUCUUGCAUAUUCUUGUUGCUCAAGAAAGAGACAUGUGGAACGUUCAGCUAAUAGUGAAGGCCAGGGAGUACUUCAUCAAACUCGCAAGCAAAGCCUGUUUGAGAUGGCCAAGCUGUCCCAUGGGGGCCCAUUCAGAGAAGAUAAAGUGGAAGAUGUGAAAGCUCUCGUCAAGAUUAUCCCUGUCUUUUUGGCUUUAAUACCUUAUUGGACAGUGUAUUUUCAAAUGCAGACAACGUAUGUAUUGCAAAGUCUCCAUCUGAAAAUUCCUGAAAUAUCAAAUGACACCAACUCUAUUCAUACGUUUCCAGCAGCCUGGUUGACCAUGUUUGAUGCAGUGCUUAUUCUGAUCCUAAUACCCUUAAAAGAUAAAUUGGUGGACCCCAUUUUAAAGAGGAAUGGCUUGCUCCCAUCCUCACUCAAGAGGAUUGCAGUUGGAAUGUUCUUUGUAAUGUGUUCUGCAUUUGCUGCAGGAAUUCUGGAAAGCAACAGACUGAAAAUUGUAAAGGUUAAAACAAUUAAUCAGACAAUUGGAAAUGUUACAUAUCAUGCUGCAGAUUUGCCAAUAUGGUGGCAGAUUCCUCAAUAUGUGCUGAUUGGAUUCAGUGAAAUAUUUGCAAGUAUAGCAGGUCUAGAAUUUGCAUAUUCAGCUGCUCCCAAAUCUAUGCAGAGUGCUAUUAUGGGGCUGUUUUUUUUCUUUUCGGGGAUUGGAUCAUUUGUUGGCUCUGGAUUGUUGGCACUGGUGUCUAUUAAAGAAAUUGGCUGGAUGAGUAAUCACACGGAUUUUGGUAAUAUUAACGGCUGCCAAUUAAACUAUUAUUUUUUUUUGCUGGCUGCUAUCCAAGGAGCAACUCUUUUGCUUUUCCUUAUUGUUUCUGUGAAAUAUGAUCAUCAAAAGUCAAAGGUUAAUGAAGUGGCUGCCAAUGGGAGGAUCUGACAUCUGUUACAGAGCAGACUUGAUUACAGCAGCACACAGUGUAAGUGGCAGUGCACCCUGAGUCUGCGAGAUCUUAUGAUUUCUCCAGUGAGACUCUUCUAGACUUGCAUGUUACAAGAGUUCUUGCCCCUGCCCCCUCUCCUGUAACGUAGGUAAGUGCCUUAUGUUGGCAGGGCUCAUUUCUUGCACUACGUCCUGGAAGAGGACAAACACAAAUCUUGGAAGCGUAUUAACUCUAGGCAUUCAAGUUGCUCUUUGUUAACUGUGAGAUGUUUACUUAACUUUUGAAAGUUGUGACACUUACACUUGGAAACUGAGU